UGCAUACAAGCAACUACAUGUGGAGCAAAGAUGUUUCAGACAUAAAAUUGCCCAUUUAGAACCCAGUUAAAAACCCACAUAACCCCAUGUGGGUUAAUGCAUGUGAUACCCGGGUGGAACCCAGGAGCAAACCCAGAUGGAACCCUAAAUGCAUAAACAUACAGUAAGUGUGGUUUCAAUCGCCGAUGGCGUUGUGGUUCAGGGAGUGGAGCUGCUGAUUCUCCCGAUUGAGAAGAGCCAGAUUAGGUUCCUCAGACAUUUGGUUAGACUGCCUCCAUGGUGAUGUGUUCCGGGUACAUCCCAGUGGGAAUAGGCCCCGGUCAUGACCCAGGACAUGCUGGAGAGACAAUGUCCUCGGGCUGACCUGGGAACGCCUUGGGAUUCCCCACGAAGGGCUGGACAUUGUAGCUGCCGAGAGAGAUCUGGGUUUCCCUGCUACAGUAGCUGCCCCACGACCCAACCCCAGAUAAGUGGAAGGAUGGAUGGAUGGAUGGAUGGAUGGAUGGAUGGAUGAUGAUAAUCGUGAAAAUUAUUUAAAACUGUCACGAUAAAAUUAUUUAUAUAAUAAUAAGAUGAACCAGUAAUGUAACAGUAACUGUAAUAAAUGAAGUGUUAUUAACAUUAUUACUAUUGAAUGCUUGCAAUAAUUUCAGCUCUCUGAGAAAGGGCUCAAAAAGGAAAUGGAGGAUGCUGCUCCACCCUCCUCCCCCACUGAUCCCUGCUACCUCUGAGCUGAGUGGCCAGCGAAGCAGCCAAUCCCAUUGGUGCACAUUUGCUCAGUCAUCAGGCUUAGAUAUUGAGGCAGGAUCUGCUUGUGCUGCUGCUCGCUGUUUGCCUGUGUGAUGAAAUGAAAUGCCAGGAUCGGGCUACCUCCAGGGAGAGACUCUCCAUCCUAUAAUGUGAGCCAGCCAGCCGCUCUGUGGGACCAGGGAGACGCUGCAUUCAUCGAGGCUCCAGAGGAACAAACAGGAGGAGAGAGAUCUCUCUUUGUUUAAAUAGCCGUCUGUGCCGUGAAGAGAAGGGAUUGUCGUCAUCCCAUCCAUCCUUUUCCCCCUUCUCUGGUGCCCCCUCCUUCUUCCUCUGCCUCUACACUUGUUCUUCCCUCCCUUUCUGUAUCAGAGGCGCGCGUUGGAAUAACAAACCUCCAUGUAUGACAAUUUGUACCUGCAUGGAUUUGAAGACUCUGAGGCGGGCUCAGCUGAUUCAUACACUAGUAGACCAUCAGACUCAGAUGUCUCUUUGGAGGAGGAACGUGACGUGCAGGCCCAGGUGCAGAGCCAGAGCCCUAGCCAGAGCCAAGGGCCGGGACAGAGCCGACAGGAGCGGGAGCAGCAGGCCACCAUCCAGCUGGAGAGAGCCAAGACCAAACCUGUCGCAUUUGCUGUGAGGACCAAUGUCAGCUACUGUGGCGCUCUGGAUGAGGACGUUCCAGUUCCCGCCACAGCCAUCUCCUUUGAUGCCAAGGACUUUCUCCACAUAAAAGAGAAGUUCAAUAACGACUGGUGGAUCGGACGAUUGGUGAAAGAGGGAUGCGAGAUCGGCUUCAUCCCCAGUCCCCUCAAGCUGGAGAACAUCAGGGUCCAGCAAGAGCAGAAAAGAGGACGAGUCCAAGGUAAGUCUGGAGGGAACUCCUCUUCCAGUGUAGAGGAUGAGGUGUCUGCCUCUAUCCGACCCCUCAUUUCCGCGGCAGGAAAGCAGAAACAGAAAGUGACGGAACACAUCCCCCCGUAUGACGUGGUUCCCUCCAUGAGACCGGUGGUGCUGGUGGGACCUUCGCUCAAGGGUUAUGAGGUGACUGAUAUGAUGCAGAAGGCACUCUUUGACUUUCUCAAGCACAGAUUUGAUGGCAGGAUAUCAAUCACUCGAGUCACAGCAGAUAUAUCUUUAGCCAAGAGGUCCGUCCUCAACAACCCCAGCAAGAGGGCCAUUAUAGAGCGAUCCAACACCCGUUCCAGUUUAGCUGAAGUGCAAAGUGAGAUUGAGCGCAUCUUUGAGUUGGCCCGCUCACUGCAACUGGUAGUGCUGGAUGCCGACACCAUCAACCACCCAGCCCAACUCCUCAAGACCUCUUUGGCCCCUAUUAUUGUCCACGUCAAAGUGUCUUCACCAAAGGUUCUGCAGAGGCUAGUCAAGUCCAGAGGAAAGUCCCAGAGCAAACACCUGAAUGUCCAGCUAGUGGCUGCAGACAAACUUGCUCAAUGUCCUCCAGAAAUGUUUGACAUCAUCCUAGACGAGAACCAGCUCGAGGACGCCUGUGAGCAUCUGGCAGAAUACCUUGAGGCCUACUGGAAAGCAACGCAUACCUCCAUGGCGACACCCCUGAACCCCUUGCUGGGACGCAAUCUUGGCCCCGGCACCCUCACAGCGUACCCUACCAGCAUCUCUGGACUGCAGAGCCAAAGAAUGCAACAGAGCAACCACACAGGCGAUCAUUCUACUGCAAACGAGCGUCGCAACCUGAUGACGUCUGAGGAAAACUACCAUAAUGAACGUGCACACAAGGGACGCAAUCGAAUGUCAUCAGGCUCACAGCACAGCCGAGAGGCGCAGGACCCCUACCAGGACUACCAGGACCCCUAUCAGGAUGCAUACAAGCCACACCGCAACCGCAGCUCCCCGGGCAGCUACAGCCAUGACUCCCGGCACAGGCUCUGAACCUUGUUGAGUCUUCGAGGGUGACCAAUUGUCCCAAAUUCCACCCACAAAUAACCGUUGCCACAGAGCCAAGAUUGUCCCAUGUUUCCCCUAUUUUUCAGGGUGGUUAACUUAUUUGUGUAUUAAACCUCCAAAACAUUCACAGAAA